AUGGGGAGGUUCUCUUUUAUUGUACUUCUAGCUCUUGUUGAUUUCUUCCUUGAAUGCUCACACUUUUGUUGGUGUACAAGUGCAACCUCAACUAUUGCCUGCAUAGAAGCAGAAAGACUGGCUCUUCAAGACUUCAAAGACAGCCUAACCGGCAACCUCAAUCGGCUCUCUUCGUGGACAGGACAAGAUUGCUGCAAAUGGGAAGGAGUUGGCUGCAACAACAGCAAUGGACAUGUCAUCAAGCUUGACCUCCGAAACCUGGUCUAUCCAGAUUCAUUAGGAUAUGUUAUUGAAGUUUCCAACCGGUUAAAAGCAAAAGCUGUUAACCCGUCUUUGCUGGAGUUGACAUAUUUGGAGCACUUGGACUUAAGCUGGAAUGAUUUCAUGGGAAGCCCAAUUCCCAUUUUCCUUGGUUCAAUGCAAAGAUUGCGGUAUCUAAAUCUCUCUAAUGCACGCUUCAAUGGUGUAAUCCCUCAGCAACUUGGUAAUCUGUCUAAGUUGCAUGCUCUUGAUCUUAGUAGCGGUCCAAGUGAGUAUGAUUUUCAGCUCUCAGUAAGAAACCUUCAAUGGCUUUCACAAAUUUCAUCUUUGAGACGCCUUGACUUGAGCUGGGUGAACCUUAGUGCAGCCUUUGACUCGGUUCAGGUACUCAACAAGCUACCUUUUUUGGUUCAUUUACGCUUGUCAUCAUGUGGACUUGAUGAUCAUGUUAGUCAGUUCCAUGAUUAUGUUAAUUCCAUGUUUCUUGAACACUUUGAUAUUAGUGUAAACGCACUUCAGGGUCCCAUCCCUGGUGUUAUUAAGCACAUGAGUGUGCUCAAAGUCCUUGACCUUUCAGCCAAUGUCUUUAACUCUACAAUUCCUCUGUGGUUGGCUAACCUGACAAACCUUGUGCAUCUCAAUCUUGGCUUUAAUAAUUUAACAGGUGAAAUUCCAAGAGCUUUGGGGAACCUCACUUCUUUGGUUGUACUAGACUUGUCUUUUAAUUCAUUAGAGGGGGGCAUACCAGGUUCUUUGUGGAAUCUUUGUAGUUUGAAAGUGUUGGAUUUAGCCAACAACAGAUUAAAUGAGACAAUAUCAGAGCCUUAUAAAACUAUAUCCGGUUGCACUGGAAAUGGUUUAGAGAAGUUGAGUUUGAGAUGGAACAAGGUUAGAGGUCCUUUGUCUGAUUGGUUUUCACGGUUUGCAAAUCUCAAAAUCCUUGAUCUUGCGAACAACUCGAUCUAUGGUCCAAUUCCAGCAUCAUUUGGGAGAUUGUCCAACUUGAGAAUGUUAGAUCUUUCUCAUAAUAGUCUAAAUGGAACAGUUCCAGAAUCUUUUGGGCAACUUUCAAUGCUUGAGAAGUUACUCAUGUCCAGCAACCUCUUGCAAGGAACCAUUUCUGAAGUUCACUUUGCAAAUCUCUCAAGAUUAGAAGAGCUAGACAUUGGUUUCAACUUUUUGGCUUUAAAAGUAAAUUCUGACUGGGUGCCCCCAUUUCAACUCAAUUAUAUAAACAUGAAAUCUUGCAAUAUUGGGCCUCAAUUUCCUGCUUGGCUUCAAACGCAAAAAAGGGUUAUCACAUUGUAUCUCUCUAACACAAGCAUCUCAGAUGUUCUUCCGCAGUGGUUUCCCAAAAUGAAAUUUUCCUAUCUGGACCUAUCCUUCAACCAAAUCAGGGGCAGGCUACCAGCAUUUUUGAAACCAGAUACUCUCUACAUGAAUCUAUACCUGAGUUCCAACAAAUUUGAAGGUCCCUUGCCAACUUUUCCUUCCAUCCUAAACAGGUUGGAUCUCACUGACAACUUAAUUUCAGGUUGGAUUCCAGAAGACAUUGGCAACAUGACGCCUACAUUGGACAAUUUACUUCUCUCUGGUAAUCAAAUAAGCGGUCCAAUCCCAAACUCCUUGUGCAAAAUAAAUACCCUGCGAGUUCUUGAUCUCUCCAAAAACAGGCUAUAUGGUGACAUCCCAGAUUGUUGGAGCAAUUUCAAGAUUUUGGCUGUUCUAGAUUUUUCAGCCAACAACCUUUCUGGGUUCAUCCCAACCUCAUUUGGAAAUGCAACAUCACUGCAAUCUUUGCACCUAAGCAACAACAGUCUUCAGGGAGAGCUUCCGUUAUCAUUGAGAAAUUGUACAGGCAUGGUUAUUUUCGAUGUUGGUGAAAAUAAAUUAUCUGGAAGUGUGCCUAGAUGGAUUGAGGAGAGUAUGUUGCGCCUUGAAAUUCUUCGCCUACGAUCAAAUAUGUUUGAUGGCAUUAUUCCUUUAGAAAUAUGCCAGCUCGCUGAGCUUCAAGUACUUGACCUUGCACACAAUAAUCUAUCAGGAAUUAUCCCUCCUUGUUUUGGCAAUUUGAGGGGCAUGAUUUCUGGAAAUGGGACAAGUAGUAUUGGUAUUUAUAAAUGGUCAACUACAUAUGGCGAAAACAUGGUUCAGUUCAUGAAAGGGAAGGAGCUCGAGUACACCAAGACACUUAAGUACCUAAUUAACAUGGAUCUUUCUGUAAAUAAAUUGACAGGAACUAUCCCAGAAGAGUUAACAAACCUUGCUGGACUACGUGGCUUGAACUUGUCCAAUAACCAUUUGAAAGGGAACAUGCCUGCCAUGAUUGGCAACAUAAGGUUCUUGGAGUCCAUGGACUUCUCAAGAAACCAGCUUUCUGGCUCAAUUCCACAAAGCAUGUCUGCACUUACGUCUCUAAGCCAUUUGAACUUGUCCUACAACAAACUAUCAGGACGAAUUCCAUCAGGCAAUCAGCUGCAGACCCUUGAUGAUCCAUCCAUUUACAUUGGCAACUCUCAACUCUGUGGCUUUCCACUAUCAAAGUGUGUGAGUCCGGAGCCACCUCAAGCUGACAAUGAAGGGAAAGAUGAAGGAAAUGGACCUGAGAUAGAAUGGUUGUAUAUCUUUAUGUCUGCCGGGUAUGUGACUGGACUUUGGGGAGUUCUCGGUGUCAUGAUGUACAAGAAGAAUUGGAGGGAUGCUUAUUUCAAAUUUGUGGAUGAUAUCAAAGAGAAAACAAUAUCAAGAUUUAAGGAGAAGGUAGCUACGCCAAAUAGGUCUAGGACCAGGAGCAACCACAUGGAAUGGAGCUGGUAA